AUGGAUACCACAUCCAAUUUAUUAACCUCAACAAAUAAAUUACAAUCGCCAACAGGUACAAAUUUACCUGUAAGUACUAAUGUAUCAGUAUCACAAUCACCAAUAGGUACCAGCCAAGCAUUCGGAGUGCCAUCAGUUACAUCACCAAUAAACAACAGCAUGAAUGGUGGUCAAUCUACAACUACACCAAAUUUAGCCAGUAUCGUACAACCUCCAAUCAACAAAGGGAGAAAUAAAUUAAAAGUCGAAUAUUACUUUGAUGAUUACGAGGAUUCAUUUUUUACAAAACAAAAUAUAAAUGAUCCAUUAAAAUUAUCGGUUAUACCAGAUCUUCUAUCAUUACAAAGCGAAAAGAGAACUACCAAUAUUGUCGGAAGUAAUAUACCUCAAGAGGUAUUGGAAAAAUUUCAAGCAACAGAACAAGAAAGAAAUAAAUCAUUCACAAAGGGUGUUCAAGAAUCUCUUGAUAUUUUUAAUCAAGAUUGGUUAGUCGUUAAUCGUGAACCUUUACCAUCAGCACAAUCACAGCCAUUAAAGCCACUUACAAUCCAACACUUUUCUGCCGAUAAUGAAUUCGAUUCAGUUUCACCAACCGAAAGCGUCAAAGAUUUAAAUAAAGAUUUAGAAGAAACUUCAAAACUUUCAACACCAGAUCCAAAAUCAGUAGAGUUUUUAAAAACAAGCAGAGUUCCAUUAUUUCAAACAUAUUAUAUUGCUGAUGAAUUACCACAAAUCGAUCCACCAAAAAUUGGUAAAAAAAUUAUCGAAAAUAUUGGAUUUCAAUUUAAAGCAGAAUGUACCGAUUUUAAAGCACAAAUAGGUAAUUUUGAACCAUUUUUUGGAAGAAUGUUUUUAUUUGAUGCAAAUAAAGUUGAUGAAUCAAAUCUAAAGUCACCAGAAAUUGGUAUUGUCUCAGAAGUUUUUCAUUUUGAUUUAAAUCAUUAUUUAAACCAAGACUUAUUACCAAAAAUUAAUCUUGGAGUUAAUCCAUUAAAUCAAAUUAAUCCAUUGGAUAAUCAAAGCUCAACCAAAUUUUUAAAAUCAAUUUUUACAUGCGAUAAAUCAGAAGAUGUAUAUUUAGUAGUAUGUUUUGAUAAAGUUAUAUUGGGUGAUCCAGAGGAAACAACAAAGAAUUAUUUCAAUCCACCAAAACCAAAGGAUUUAACAAAGUUCCAAGGUGAGGUUAAAGAGGGUGUCAGUAGAUUAGGUAGAUUUAAACAAACAUUUAUUUGGGGAUGUUUAGAGUUAUUCGAUUCAAAUAAGAAGUUUAAUUUCGAUCAGGGUGAAGUUGAAGUAAAGAUUACAAAUUUUACAAAAAUGAAGUUUGAUCAGCUCUAUACAUUUGUAACCAAAGAAAAGAAAGCAAAUAAAGAUCCAUUAUUUGAGUGUACAUUAAAAAUUCAACAAUGCUCAGUUUCCCUCGAUGAUAACAAGUAUCUCUAUAAUGAAACCAUUGAUGGUAGAAUAGAUUAUUUAUUACGUCCAAAAGUUCCAAAUCAAAGUGGUGCAAAGCCUGGUUCAGAUGGCAAAGAUUUGGUAAAAGAAGUUUUAUAUUUUAAUAGUAUAAAUUCAUGUAGUGGCGAUUCAGUAGAUAGUGUUCAUUAUUCACCAAAAGAAAACGGUUCAUCAGGUAAUGGAAAUGUUAAUAGUCCUUCAUCCCCAUCUUCAAAUACUGUAAAUUCAACAAUUCAGAAUGGUGGUAAUGGCUCUACUAUUGCCUUACCAAGAGAAAUCAAAGAGCCACAUUUAAAUUUUUCAAACGUUUUAUAUUUCUAUCCAAAGAGUGUAAAUUUAACCAAUUUAGAUCACCGUGGUUCUGCUAGAAAUAUAUUUUUAGAAGUUAAAUUAAUGGAGGAUGAUAGUAGUGUCACAGCCACCGGCUUGAAAUCUGUUUAUGGUACAACUACCUCUCCAUUACUUUGUUGUUCUUUUAUUACCUCUGUAGUUUAUCACAAUAAGAAGCCAAAAUUCUCCGAUGAAAUUAAAAUUAAUCUUCCAGCAAAAUUAACACCAAAUCAUCAUUUAUUAGUUACAUUUUACCAUUUGGGUUGUAAGAAAACAAAGAAGGCUGAUAAUUCUGUUAAUACUCCAUUGGGUUUCAGUGUUGUUCGUCUUUUUGAUGAUGAUUGCAUCAUUGUUGACGGUAAAUAUAAGAGUCCCAUUGGUACUGUAUUCCCACCUCGUUAUUUAGCUCACGAGGCCAAGGAUAUAAAAGAUCAAAAGGAUGCCACUAACCAUAAAGUUUGGGUAGAUAAUAAGAAGCCAUUAUUCUCUUUCAAAACUCGUGUUAUUUCUUCUCUUUACCCUCAAGAUCAUACUUUAUCUGUAUUAUUAAAAGAAUCCACCUUGGCAGAUCACAGUUUAUUAAAUGAAUACAUUAAAAAACUCCCAUCAGUACCAUCAUCAUUAAAAACUCAAUUCUUCCCAGCUAUUAUUAGACUAUUAUUCAAAGCAAUUACAAGUCUCUCAUCUGAAAUUGGUGCAAAUUCAUUCAAUGUGCUUUUAAAUCUUUUAGAUAGUGUACCUGAAGAUGUUUUAACUUCAUAUAGCACCUAUAUUUUCAAUAAUAGUAAUGCUGGCUCAAUUACAUUAUAUGAUAGUUUAGUACAAGUUUGGAAUCAAUUGUUGGAGGGUGAUAGUCCAGCCACAACUAAUCAACCAAACAUUAAAGAUCCAAAUCAAACAGCCAAUCAACAGGGUACUCAAGCAACUGUACCAAAUCCAAACAUAUUAAAUUCAAGUGAAUUAAUUACACUUUCAGUUCAAUAUUCUUGGUUCUUAUUUGGAAUUAUAAAGAAAUCGAUGAUUGUCCAUAUUGAUCUUGAUAAAAAUCUUAGAACUGGUCGUAAUCGUCGUGGUCGUUUACCAGAUGAAGUCUUGGGCAGAUUCACUUUCUUAUUUGAACUAUUAUUAACUCAAUUAAAGCAAACAAAACAGUUGGUUGCCAAGAAUUUUAUUGUAAACAUUGGUUAUUUCAUAAAUGAUCUUUUAGAUAUUUUAUCACGUAGCUUUGUAUUCCCCAUCAUCGAGAACUUUGUACAUGGGUUGGAUAGUGGAAAUCAAGUAAUGGAACUCACCGAAUUGAAAUCGAGAUUCUUUAGAGUAUUAGCAUCCAGUGACUCUUUUAUUGCAUUGAAUUUGGCAUCACCAAUUCAACCAUUCCCAAGUAUUAAUCAAGUAUUCCAAGUAUACUUUAAGAAGCAUUUUACUAUUGGUUUAAUAUUGCAAGAGGUCUAUUCAGUAAUAACAGCUAACGAAAAAGAAAUGAGAUUAAAGGUUAUUCACACUCUUCGUGAAAUCAUCUCCAAGAUCGAUACUAAUCAAGUUUAUAACUCUCAACCAAUGAGAGAAAGAAUUGCAGACCUCUUCUUCCCAUACCUUUUAAUUGUUGUCUACCAAUAUGAUGUCAUUAACCGUUUUGACCAUGAAGAACAAAGAUCAUGGUUAGCAAUCUUUAUUUAUAUUGUCAAAAAUCUAAACAAUACAAAUAUUCUAUCAGAUUGGUGGAAAAAAGAAACCUCUAAAAAUAAUGUUAUAUUCUUUACAAUUUUAACCAAUUGUUUAACAUUGUUUGAUUACGCUAAAGAGUAUAAUGUUAAUCCUAUUGGCCAACAACAGCAACAAGUAAACAAUUCCGACGAAGACAGCGAUAAAUCAUCAUCGGUUAAUAACACUUUAACCCAUCACUCAACUUAUUCAACCGAUAGUAAUAUUGUCGACUCUCCAAGUAAAAAGAAAGAUAAAGGUGAUAAAGAAAAACCAAGUAAAGCCAGUACCAAAGCAAAUGUUAGUAAUAUUAAACCAGAUAAAGCUAAAGCAUUAAUUGAACAAAGUCUUAGUAGUAGUAGUGGAUUUAAACAACUAUCAAAUCUUGGGGCAUCUACAGGAAGUACAAACUCUGCUGGUGGAUUAUCACCAUCACCAUUAAGGGCAUUUGCAAGUAGCGCAACAUUUUUAGUUGAUUACACGGCAAUAGCAUCACCAGAGGUCGUCCAAAUGAUGUAUGGUAAUAUGUGUAAUGAAGUAGUUUUAACCGUAUUAAAUAGUUUAUUAGUAUUCAUUAAAGAAUUUAAACAAGACUUUAAGAAUAGUACUGCAAGUCCAGGCUAUAUUGAAAAUAUCGUUUUCCGUGUAAUUUUAUCAAUAUUAAAGCAAGAUUUAGCAUUUUCAUCGAUUAAGGUUGUAUUUUGUGUACUUUCAACAAUGGUUUCAGAAUUUAGGGAUGUAUUAUUUAAACAAAACAAUUCAAUUUGUGCCGAUUUAACUCAAGUUGUUUUCAAAUAUUGUUGUAGCAAACAUUCUUCCAGUCGUCAAUAUGCCACCACAUUAAUUUAUUUAAUGAUUCAAAACAAUUUGGUAUCAACUCAUCAUUUCUCCCGUAUGAAAUUACAUUCUACCAUUGCAAUUUCUCAAAUCUUAAAUGAAAUCGUUGAAAAAAAUAGUCAAUACGAUUCGAAUGUUGAAGUUAUUUUCAAUUAUUUGAAAGCAUGCUUGGAAUCAAUCACCCAAUUUGUAAAGAGUAAAUGUAGUGAUGCUUUAUUAAGUAAAUCAGGAUCAGCCAAGCCAUCAUUAAUGAAGAGUCCAAAUGGAAAAUCGACAGUAUCAGAACAAAACAAUACAUUUAAUCCAAUCAUAAGUAAACAAAUCGAACAACUCAAAGAAAGAUUAAAUGAUGUUAUUAGCAAUAAUAUCAAGAUUAUGCAACAUAGUUACGAUCCAGAAAUGAAAGCAGAUCUCUAUUAUAAUCUUUCAAAUACAUUCAUCGAAUCACCAGAUCUUCGUAUUACUUGGUUAAAGAGUUUGAAAGAAUUUUUAAAGCAACAAAAGUCAAUGGAAGAAGCUGCCCAGGUUUCAAUUAUUGCCGCUGCUCUCGUUGCUGGAUAUUUGAAACUAUUAAAUCGUUUCCCAAAAGAAUUAUCAGCUCCAAAUUUCAAUACUGUAUCACCAAACGUCAUUAAAGAAUUAACUUUUCCAGAUAUCUCAUUGUUUGCUGAUGUAGAAGGGGAAAUCUGUAAACUAGAACAUUUCACCGAACCUGGCUUCAUUAAUUUACUCAAAGAUGCAAUUCAAAUCCAAAAGAGUGGUUACUUUGAAUCUGCUGCUGAAACCUAUCGUCUUUUAUUACCAACCUAUAUACACCAAAAAGAUUGGACCAAACAAAGAGAUGCCUACCAAGAGUUGGUUAUUCUAUGCAGUCAAAUUAUUAGUGAAAAUGUUGUUAGUCAAAGAAUUUUCAGUAGUUAUUACCGUGUUGCAUUCUUCUGUAAGAAAUUAAAUGAACAUCUCCAUGGUAAAGUUUUCAUCUAUAAAGAAAAUAACUAUGUUCGUCUUUCAGAUUUAUCCGAUCGUCUCAAAGAUCAAUACAGUAAUAAAUUUGGUCAAGAUAAAUUCCAUUUAUUACCAAAUAAUAAAAUUGUUGACGAAUCUCAAUUAGAAAUUGACCAUUUCUAUAUUCAAAUUAUUUCAGUAGAUCCAUAUUUAACACCUGAUGAAUUAAAAGAAAGAAAAACACCAUUCGAACAAAACAAUCAUUUAAACAAAUUUAUAUUUGAAAUUCCAUUUACAAAAUCAGGUAAAGUUCAUUCAGAGAAUAUAACCGAGCAAUGGAAGAAAAAAGUAACAUUAAAAACCGAAAAUUAUUUCCCAUAUUUAAAGAAACGUUUAGAAGUUGUUAGUAAAGAGGAGGUAGAAAUGACUCCAAUUGAAGCCUCGAUUGAAUUAAUUCAAAAGAAAGAUACUCUCUUAAAGGCUGAAUUAAACUCACGUCCAGCUAACACCAAAACUCUUCAAAUUCAUUUACAAGGUUGUUUAUUACUUCAAGUUAAUGCUGGUCCAUUGGCUAUUUGCAGUUCAUUUUUAGGUGAAGGUCAAUAUCAAAAUCACAAAGCCGAACACAUUCAAAAACUAUCCGAGGUAAUGAGAUCUUUUGAUAAGACUCUUCGUUUUGCCGUAAUAUUCAAUAGAUCUUUAAUCGGUGAAGCUGCAGAACUUAAUAAACAAUUAACAGAAGGUUAUAAUAAUUUUAGGGAAAAGGUUUCACAGUAUGUAAAUUUAACUAAUGAUGACGAUUAUUAA